UCACAUUCAGGCUGGUCCACCAUUCCUCACCGUGUAUACCCCGACCCAGCUACGAUACCCCCGCACUGGCAAGUCCAUCCAUCCUUUCGCGACACCCGCCCGCCCGGACCACCCGGUACUGCGCUCCAAACAAAUCCUACACUCCCAUGGGCUCGUGCCGCCGCAUACAACGUCAAUAGUAACACCCGCAUGCACCCGGUACAGACUUUCGGCGCGCCACCUCCGCCGAUCCCGCACAAGGUCUGGAUCUUGGACUGCAAAUCGUGCGGCAUGUUCCUCACCAACCGCGGCAUGAAGGCCGUCCUUCUAUUACGUCCCAACGUCCCUCUCUAUUCCACGGAUGCUCUCCCUAUCAACUGCUCCGCGUUCUCGGCCCCCACCGACCCGCCCUCCCCGCCCGACCGUCCGUCCCCGCAGCAUUCCGCAGAUUCGUCCCCCUCGAGUUCAAGCUCAGCUGAGCCUCCCGCACCGCCUGCCGAACGCCCUCUUUCACGGACAUGUGAAUGUUUGACGCAGACGCUAUGCUGUCAUGGGUGCGGAAAUGCGGUUGGAUAUAUGAUUGUCGCGCCUUGCACGCGGUGCACGUCGUCAAUCACCGCAAACAACCGCGCCACGAACGGACACCGAUUCGUCUUCUAUUCUAGUGAGAUUGUUGCAUGCAAGCGCCACUAUGUUGCGGGCGAGCCUGGCGUGAUCCCGUUCCACCCGCCUCCGCAGGUCACCACAGUCGGGCCCAUGGUCGUGACAGCGACAAUGCAUGGUGUGCAGAACGCCAUGGGACGCCUCCAGAUUGCCCCUGGCCCGAAUACUCCGCCGCGCUCUACUACCCAGCAGCAGCUGGGGUACUCUCCGUCUUCGCCCACGUCGCCCUCGAUGCCGUCCCUCGUUUCCUCCCCAGUUGUUGCUCGCACCAGUAGACGGACUUCUGUGGACCAGCCGCCUUCCGUCAACACCUCCUACGUGGUCCCAACGUCCCCCGGGUCACCGGGGUACCUGUCGCCCAGCGCCCUCGCUGCUCGCUCACGCGCGUCGUCCAACAGCGGUCCGUCUCCCAGUACGAUUGUGCCAGACGUCGGCCAGAUCCAGGAUAUGUCGCCCGCCCCACCUAACUCACACGCCGUGUCUCCCUCCGUUAGCGGCACACCUACCUUUGCCGACCCAGGCCCGCAAGGCUCCCCGCCCACCCCCGGGACCACAUCCGUUUCCCGCGUGCGCGCCGCCUCGACCUCCGCCGCUCACCCGCUUGGUUUCCAGGCUUUCAUUCCUCGCGCCCCCGUGCAGCUUGCUCCCGAGCCUGAGCGCGAGCCGCUGAGAGCAGGAGAGGUAGUGUACUGGCAUCACCUCCUGCGCAGCGGCGAGUUACCGGCGGUGCUCAACGAUGCCCGCGCCAGGAUGGACACAGAUGCACAGGCGGAGGCGGAGGAAGGCGCGAAGCUCGUUGAGGUGGCCGCCAGAAGAGCGAGUGUGGGUACGCGGAGAAUCGUCGCAGGGCGAUGAUGAGCUCCAUGCGGCCCGCAACCAGUACGACCGACUCCAAGGCGCACGCCCGCUCGAUUCCCUAUUCUGUUCUGUUCUGAAUCACGCCCUCCGCGACGGUGAAGACUGCGGUCGAACCGCCCACGCCAUCGACGAAAACGGACGGACCCGUAUCUAUCUGUUUAUUCAUCAUUAUCAGUGUAUAUUUUUCAACCCGGAGACCGACACCCAUGCGCUCGCCCCGUCCUCCGCUCCAAAACGCGGACGACCCAGGGUCCUCGGCACCUGUCCCUCGACCGUGCGCCCCCCGCGCGGGGAGCGCCUGUGAUUCCCCAUUCCCCGACUCGCAUGGACGAUUUGAAUAUGUAUAUGUACAUAGUACUCUGCCCCCGCCUCGUCCCACCCUCCCUUCAUUGUUCCCCCUCCCCUCAGACUCGAAGCGCAAGUCGCGCCCCCCUCCGCCACGACCCCCGCACGCCGCUGUCCCCGCACAUUCAUGCCCUUUCUUGACGCCCCCUGCCCGCCCCCCGCAACGACCCGUACUCCGUACUCCGUAGAUACCCU